AUGGAACCAAGGAACCACACAUGGGUUGUGGAAUUCCUACUCCUGGGACUCUCAGAGGACCCAGCGCUUCAGCCUCUCAUCUUUGGACUUUUCCUCUCCUUCAACGUGGUCACUGUCAGUGGGAACCUACUCAUUGUCCUGGCCAUCCUCUCUGAUCCACACCUGCACACACCCAUGUACUUCUUCCUCUCCAACCUGUCCUUGGUGGACAUCUGCUUCACCUCCACCACCGUCCCCAAGAUGCUGGUGAACAUCCAGACAAACAGCAGAGCCAUCAGCUAUGCAGGCUGCAUCACACAGAUGUUCUUCUUCAGAAUUGUUAUAUCGCUGGACAACUCUCUGCUGGCUGUGAUGGCCUAUGACCGGUUUGUGGCCAUCUGUCACCCCCUGCACUACACAGUCAUCAUGAAUCUCCGGUUCUGUGUGCAGCUCGUUCUGUUGAGCUGGACAAUGAGUGUCUUGCAUGCCUUGUUGCACAGCUUACUGGUGCUGAGGCUCAGCUUCUGCACACAUCUAGAAAUCCACCACUUUUUCUGUGAGUUGAAUCAGGUGGUCCACAGAGCCUGUUCUGACACCUUUCUCAAUGACCUCAUGAUGUAUCUUGCAGCCGUGCUGCUGACAGGAGGACCUCUGGCUGGGAUCCUGUACUCUUACUCCAAGAUCGCCUCCUCCAUCCGUGCCAUCUCGUCAGCUCAGGGCAAGUAUAAAGCCUUUUCCACCUGUGCCUCUCACCUCUCUGUAGUUUCCUUAUUUUAUGGCACAGGUAUAGGUGUGUACGUUAGUUCUUCUUUUAUCCAUAAUUCACAUUCCACUGCCACGGCCUCGGUGAUGUACACAGUGGUCACCCCCAUGCUGAACCCCUUCAUCUACAGCCUGAGAAAUGGAGACAUGAAGAAGGCUCUGAAAAGACUUUUGCUGCAUAAACUGUAG